GCGGUUGUGUUUGUCACUGCUCACGUGUGACCACGAACCUUCAAAUGAUACAAGAUUGCGUUGAAACAACAACACCAAUGGACUUUAGACUGCUCUUGAAAUAACGCCGAAUUACUCUUAACACUACUGUGCCUAUAACAGCUAAAAUGGGAAUAUUAUACCAAGACCUGAAUGCGUUUUCGAGAUAUAUGUUGUGCAAAUCUAGACAGUUUUCAGUCAAGUUAACUUGAUUAUAAAGAGUAUGUCAAUGUAAAUAACUGACCUUCAAUGAACUGAGUCCUAUCUUCGUUUCAUUUUCGCAAGCUGCUUAAUCUCUAAUAAUGUCUCUUGUGGAGUCUGACGAAAACACUCCGCUUCUCAGAGGUGAAAAUACAAGUGGUGGGGAUGCAGAGAGAAGCCGCUGGAGGUCCAUCAGGGUCAUGUAUUUCACUAUGUUUCUUAGUAGCGUUGGUUUUACUAUUGUCAUUACUUCCAUAUGGCCCUAUUUGAAGAAAAUUGAUAAAAGUGCAGAUGCCAGUUUCUUGGGAUGGGUGGUUGCUGCAUAUAGUUUGGGUCAGAUGGUGGCCUCACCCCUCUUUGGAUUGUGGUCCAACCACAGGCCUCGACGAGAGCCUCUAGUCUGCUCUAUAUUCAUCAACGUCUCUGCUAACAUUUACUACGCCUAUGUCUACCUACCUUCCUCACACAAAAAAAUUCACAUGCUUUUGGCUCGUACAUUUGUGGGCAUUGGAGCAGGUAAUGUAGCAGUUGUGAGGUCCUAUGUGGCUAGUGCCACUUCCCUGAAGGAAAGAACCUGUGCAAUGGCAAACAUGAGUGCCUGCCAGGCUCUCGGCUUCAUACUCGGCCCAGCCCUGCAAGCUGCUUUGGCAUUCAUUGGAGAGACUGGCGUCAAUGUGAAUGUCAUCCAGCUUUGGGUUAAUAUGUACACUGCUCCAGCACUGUUGGCAGCCUUCUUCGGCAUCAUUAACAUUCUGCUGGUUAUAUUAGUCUUGAGGGAGCACUUUGUGGAUGACCAUGGAAAUCAUAUCCGUGCAAUUAACUACACCUCAGAAGAGCAAGUAGAUGUGGCUCCUGAGGCAGAAGGUGAUAUCGACCAGAUCGCAGUGUUCAUAUCUAAUGUCCUUUUCUUUGUCAUUCUCUUCAUUUUUGCUGUGUUUGAAACUAUAUCUACUCCUUUAUCAAUGGACAUGUUUGCAUGGACGAGGAAAGAAGCUGUUUUGUACAAUGGUAUCAUAUUGGCUGCCAUUGGCUUUGAGUCCAUCCUCGUGUUCUUGGUGGUAAAAGUGGUCUCGGCACGGGUAGGAGAUCGCCCACUGCUACUUGGAGGCUUGAUUCUCAUAUUUGUGGGUUUCUUUAUCUUGUUGCCAUGGGGAAAUCAAUAUCCUAAAGUACAGUGGGCAGACAUUCAGAAUAACACUAGACUGGCACCCACUCAACCCUCAAACACGUCUCUGGAGCCCACUGGAUGCCCAUACCAACAGGCCUGGUGCUUGUUUACCCCUGUAAUCCACCUGGCACAGUACAUUACCUCUGACAUCCUGAUUGGAGUGGGGUAUCCCACAUGCAGCGUAAUGUCCUACACUUUAUACUCAAAGAUACUAGGCCCCAAACCACAGGGGGUUUACAUGGGCUGGCUGACAGCAUCAGGAAGUGGUGCGCGGACCCUCGGGCCUGUGUUUGUCUCUCAGGUCUACACCAACUGGGGACCCCGAUGGGCUUUCAUUGUCAUAUGUGGCAUAGUGCUAGUUGCAAUCAUUUUCCUCAGUGCUAUGUACAAACGACUUAUCGCCUUCUCCAUACGCCAUGGAAGGAUAGAAGACUAAGAGCACGACAGACAGGUGACUCCACCAACUACUAAAGGACAGUUUAGAGAAGUGAGCCUGACUUAAAGAUGG